AUGCCGGGAGCAUUGUCUUCUUUUUUCCUUCUCUGCCUUUUUUAUUCCCUCUUUUUUUCUCACUCUCAUUCUUUCAUUCUAUCGUCUGUUAGUUCUUUUUUUCUCUCUUUUGAAUCUUUGCCUUCACUUUUUCAUGACAUUUUCCAUUUCUCUUUCAUUCUAUUUUUCAUACUUUCAUUCAUUCUGCUUUCUUCUCUUUAUGAAUUAUUCUAUUUCCGCUUUCAUUCUUUCUUUUAUUCUUUCUUCUAUUUUUCAAUGUUAUUUCAUUAUCUUUUAUUUCGUAAUUCUUUUUUUCUGCCAUUUUUUCUUUCAUUCGUUUUACCAUUCUCUCUUCAUUCUUGCUUUCAUUUUCUUAUUUUUUUUUAUUUAUUUAUACUCCUCCAACUCCUUCUUCCAUUUUGUCUUGUACCCUUUCUUUUUUACAUUCUUCUAUUUCCCCUUUCCUACAACCUCUCUUUCCUUCCUUCCUUCCUUCCUUCCUUCCUUCCUUCAUUCAUUCAUUCAUUCUUACCAACCUGGCAUUCGAUAUUCCCCAUCUUUCUCUCUUUCUCUCUCUCUUUUUUCUUUCUUUCUUUCAUUCUUUCUCCUCCUAAAUUUCUUUUUUCUUUCAUCAUUCUUACCUACCUACCUGACAUUUCGAUAUUCCUCGAUCUUUCUGUCUUUCUUUCUUUCUUUUUUCUUUUUUUCUUUCUCCCACAAACUUCCUUCUUUUCUUUCUUCAUUCUUACCUACGUGACAUUCAACAUUCCUCAUCUUUCUUUCUUUCUUUCUUUCUUUCUUUCUUUCUUUCUUUCUUUCUUUCUUUCUUUCUUUCUUCUUUUCUUCCUUCAUUCUUACUUACCGGACAUUUCGACAGUCCUCCAUCUUUCUGUCUUUCUUUCUUUUUUUCUUUCUCUCACAAACUUCCUUCUUUUCUUUCUUUCUUCUUACUUACAUGACAUUCGACAUUCCCCCAUCAUUCUUUCUUCCUUUUCUUCAUUCAUUCUGUCAUUCAUUCCUUCUUCCAUUUUCUUGUUUUUUCUUCCUCAUCCUUUUCUUUCUUUCUUGAUUCUUUCCUUCCUUCUUUUCCCUUUUUCUUUCCUGCAUUCUUGCAUUUCCUCUUUCAUACAUUUCGUUUUGUUAUAUUUUUUCUUUCAUACCCUCUACAACUCCUUCAACCCAUCUUUCAUUCCUUCUUUCAUUCAUAUUUCUUUCAAACCCGCUUUCAUUCUGUGUUUCAUUCUCUGUUCUAAAUUUCUAUCCACUUUUGAUGCAAUCUUUCAUUACUUUCUUUUUCUUCGUUUUUCAUCCUUUCUUUCAUUCCGUCUUUCUUUUUAUAUUCCUUCUUUCAUUCUUUAUAAUUUAGUUUUUCAUUCCUUUUCUACGUUUACAGAACUUUAUAUCUUUUUAAAUUCUUCUAUUUAUUUCCUCUUUCAUAUUUUCAUUCCUUGUACCAUUUUGUCUUUCAUUCCACCUCUCGUUCCAUUUCUUCCGGCUUUGUUUUUAGUUUUUCGUUUUUUUUUUCAUUUCUUCCUUCAAUCUUAA